AUGCUAAUACCGGUAGCUAUAUAUAAUUCGGAAAGUUCCCAAGAGAACUAUCAAUUCAAUCCUGGCGAGGGUCCACACGAAACGAAUGGGAAAACUACUCAGAUAUCAGACAUUGUAAUUAAUGCGGGUGGAGAGGACCGUGAUAAACCUAGCAUGCACAAAGAUACGCCUCUUGGCCAUUUACGAGCUUCUUUGACGACCCUACAAGAUCAAAUAAAUGUGUUUUUAACGGAGCGGAUGAAAUUGGAAAAGUAUAACAACAAAAAAAAGGAACAAGAGUUUGAAAGAAAACUUUUAGAUGAAGGGGCCGCUGAUGAGAAAGAGGGUGCCGAAUAG